AUCAGUUGGAGACAUUGAUGGCUGCUGGUGGGCCGAAAUUGAGGAUCAAAAUCCCAAAGUUCGACAACUCGGCUUUGGUUCAAGGGUAUGCGAGGACACUAAUCGGUAGAUGCAUGAAUCCAAUGGCACAAAAAGUGCACAAUAUUUUGUUCAUGUUCCCUCGCAUAUGGAAUGAUGGGAAGGGAGUGAAUCGCGAUGAUCCUUCCCAAGAGCCAGAGGAUGGGGCCAAAAAUUUGAGUUACAAAGGGGCAGUAGAUAAAGAGAUUGGUCGAGACAAUGCGGGUGAAACAGAUUUUCGGGAGAACAAGCGUCGCGGGAAGAGGCCGAUAGCGGCGUAUCAGGCUGGUUUCGAUAAGAAUGGCCGGUCGCAUGAUGUUCGCGACCAUCGGUAUCAAGCUGAUCAUGGGGAAAAGCAGAGCAAGGUGGAGGAGAAGGGAAGUGCCAAGGAAGAGAGGCAGUGUUCGAAAACUAUACGGCCAAUACAGGGAGGAUAUAUGAAUCACGGACAGGAUAACGGUCGGAACGAGACUCAUAAAGUUCGUAAAGCUUUGUUUCAAGGGGAGGAAACAGAGACUAUGAUGGAAAGGGUUCAACUGGAAAAACAGGGAGAGAUGGGCCGUGAUGCAAAGAGUGAUCAUGCAAAUGUCGAUGCCAAGGAAGAAGUUGGAGUGGAACCAAUGGCGGAGGAUGAGGAUGUAGAUGCUGGGCUUGUAAUGGAACAAGGUGUAAUGCAUUUGAGAGAAAAUGUUUUGGCCGAGACUCAAGAUGUGGAUUUGGUUGUGGUGCAACACGAAUCUGACCCGUCACUUAGGGAUGAGAUUGUGUGUUCUACGGUGGAAAAUCCGGAACAUGAGGCAUAG